AGAAUUCUUUCCCUGCACAAACACAAACAUGAGUUUUAAUCGGUCAGGGUGUCGGAGCGCUCCCCCCGUGAGUGUAUAAACUCUGCGCUCACACACAUGAGCUGGUAUGCUGAUUAGAUCGUUGCUCAGCAGAGCACGUUCUCCCGGGAACCCGUCCACCUGGAUUUCUCUCCGUGCGUCUGCGAGGCAGCCAUGAUCGUCUGGCUCUGGCUGGGGGGGUAACGGUGUUAAUUGGAGGACAGGCGUGCCGGUUGCCGUGGUGAAGCUGAGCUGUUAUCUGAGCAGGCAGGAUCGGGAUCGGGACAGGGUUGGACUCAUGAGGUGAAGAUGGCAGCGGCGUGGCUGUGUCGUACCCAGCAGCCCUCACCGGAUCAGCGUGGUUAAGGAGGAGGAAGGAGACGCUCUGGGCUCAGGAGCAGCAUGCAGGAGGCUGACCUACCAGCCACAAAUGCUUUCACAGAGUGCAAGUUCCUGUGCACCAACGGUCGCUGUCUGGACCUCGGCUCGCUGGUGUGUGAUCAGCUCGACCACUGUGGAGACAACAGUGAUGAGGAGAACUGCCCCGUGUCCACCCAGCACCCUUCACCCGCCCUCUUCUACUCUGAAUUGGAGUUUGUGCAGAUAAUAAUCAUAAUCGUGGUAAUGAUGGUGAUGGUGGUGGUGAUUAUCUGUCUUCUGAACCACUAUAAGCUCUCGUCGUGGUCGCUGAUGAGCAGGCUGGGCCAGGCCAGGAGGCAGGAGCACUCUCUGCAGCCGGAGGGAUAUUUCUGGCCAUCAGAUAGUGGAUCCAGACAAGGUGCUUCUGAGGUGGUGUACGCUCCUCACCCCCGCGAGCGCUUCAGCACUCCCUCCUUCAUGCAGCGCGACCGUUUCAGCCGUUUCCAGCCCACGUACCCGCUCCUGCAGCAGCACAUCGAUCUGCCGCCCACCAUUGCACUUUCGGACGGCGAGGAGCCUCCGCCGUACCAGGGCCCGUGCCCGCUGCAGCUCCGCAACCCCGAGCAGCAGCUGGAGCUGAACCGGGAGUCGGUACGGGCGCCACCCAACCGCACGGUCUUCGACAGCGACCUGAUGGACAGCCAAGGCCCGUGCCCGCCCAGCACCAACACGGGCGUGAGCACCGCCAACUGGAGCGCCCGAGGGCGCACCGAGGGUCCGCCGCCCGCGUACAGCGAGGUCAUGAGCCACUACCCGGGCGCCACAUUUUUCCUUCACCAGCAUAGCAAUAAUCGGUCCUCCUCCGUCACCGUCGGCGUGCCAAGUGCACCCGGUGCCAGGACGCGCCAGGGCGGCACGGAAAGCACAAUCGUCCUAAGCAAAGCCAAGGACAUUCAGAGAGGAGAAAUAGUGUGACUACGGGGGCGGGGCUGAUGACCACGCCCGGUUUUACAGACUACAAAAGGGCGUGGUCACCCGGCACUCAUGCACAACAGACAUCCGAAAUACGUUCGUCUUCAGUACAAAAGCAAAGCCGCAUCACAAAGAGGAACCAAGCAGAGCGAAUCGUACAGAAUAACCUGUUACUCACCGUCUCUUUUAAACAGACAAUAGAGCCGCGUAGCGCUGUUUCGUACUCGCGUAUUACCUUCAAACGGGAGAUAUUAGCACACACGCUUCUUUAUAAACGUUUUAUUUCGUUUCUUUCUCUGUUUUUUUUCCUUUAUUCGGUCACUCGCUCUACAGAAGCACCCACACAUGCACAGGUUUAGGACGGGACUCGGAGCUGGAGUUCCAGAAUCGGAGUCUUUUUUUUUAAAGAUCAAAUCAUACGAACCCAAAUUGUAGUGCCAAGGAUUUCGUCCGGGGGCCCGGCGUGAGGGUACGGACUCGAAUCGACACACACGAGAGUCGCACUAAUCCUCAUCGGGAACGCAAGAUGCUUCAUGUUCCGUUUCGCUUUGUCGUCGUUGCGUUCGGAGACUCGGAAAAGAAGCUAUAAGUCGAUUCGUUGGAACGAUGGGGACUUCUGCGCAUGAGGUAUAUGGAUCCAGCCUAAAUUCCCAAUUUCCCCAGUUCUUAUAGUCUCAAAUCAUUUAAAACACACUGCGUAAUCGAUACUGCUCAUGUCCCGGCUCAGCUUUCACACAGGUCGUCCAGUUUCCUCCAUACACAAGAUGGGACGGAGCAAAUCCUACAUACGGUUUACAGUUCAUACAGUUCACUCUUCCUAUGAGUGAUUAGUUGAGGCUUUAAUUUAACAUAAUAUUAUUUCAGAAUUACUUGUUGACACGUCGGCCAAAUUUGAGCUCUAGGGGCUUCCACAAUGACCUGCUUAAAUUAUCCAUAAACUUCAGAUAGACGUGCUAGUGCUUCACGCCGCUGUAUGGUUCUCGAGGUCAGUCGAAUGAACAGAAUACCGUUCAGUUACUUUCACUUAAUAAUGUCACUUUACUAACAAGCGCUAGUUAUUUUAUAUCUGAUUAUAGUCUAAUUGUUUUCUUCUGUAGCUGGUUUGCGUCUUUAUUGAGCUUAGACUUAAACCAGACUGCAUUCAAGGUUCUCGUGAUGAUCCUUAAUACCUGUCGCACGCGUCGCCCCGUGACAAAAAACCAAACUGGCGUGUACAUUUACGACGAGAACGUUUUAUAUAUUCGUGCAGCUCGAUCUGGAGCUCCUCUCGGCUUUUCCUUACUUGAACCUGACUUGUUGAUUCGGUCGUGGUCGCGGUCGCGGUCCUGCACUUCUUCCCUUUCAGCGCUGUAUCCUGCGACCCUGCGCUGCAUGCGCCUGCGUUCCGUAUCACCUAGGUAGUAGUGUAAGGGAGUAUAAAGACACGGUAAAGCUAAGGGCUAAUGUGAGGGUUCUUCGUCAUUUUGAAGCGUGAUUAACCCGGCCUUCCUCUAAUCAUGUUGCCUUCUCAUGUUGUUUCUGUCCGCUGCACGUUUCCUAUCAUUCAGCCUCGGAUACGGACCUGUUAAGACGCUUUAAAGUCGAUUCCUUUUCCUCUUUAUAAAACGAAAUCUGAAUAUCUAGAAAAGUGAGGCACUUAAAUACCAUCUGAAUACCGUCGUACCUGCUGCCUGCACUUCCCCGUCCUAUCCACCAGAGGCGGCGGGUCGGUUCUUAAAAGCACCUUAGUGGCAGUAAAAUGCAAAGUCAGACUGCUCGACAACAGCAUUCACCAUCAAAAUCAUGCUAAUCGGACGCAGCGCGUGUUUUCGUCGUAUUUUAUUUGUGUAGCCUUGGGAAAACGACGUAAACAAAUGAGCGGAAAUGACUUUAUUGCUGUGAUCGUUCCUAUAAGACGUAUCUUAUAACCCAUGACUGUUAGGUGGCAUCGCACGUCACGUAGCAAAACCGCUUUGCGCCGGCUGUGCCAUUAUAAUCAGAAGGUUGCUUGUUCUAGCCACUGUUGGGCCCCUGAGUGAGACUGCUCAAAUUGUUUAAAAAUGCUGCGAACGUAAGUAAACGUGAUCUGAGGUUCGAGUCGCAGCCUGUCCGUCGCAGCAGCGCCUCUCACCUGAUCCGUACGAAUUUUGCAUUUCAGUGUCGUACGUCGCGGUACGGAUAGUGUGCACUAAACCCAAGGGGCCAGUCGGAUUAAGCUUAACUCUACGUUCCUGAACGAGUAGCACCUGAAGGUACUUUAGCCUUGAGGGAGCGGCACUAAUCCCUUUAAUGUAAAGAAUCAAGACCUUUAAUGUAAAGAAUCACUUGUUCAGGCGGUCACUUUCCAUCGUGCAGUGUUGUGUAUGCGUCUGAAACUCCCUUUUGUUUAGUUCAAAUAGUCACCGCGCCUCGUAUCUAGCCACACCUGAAGAGUUAGGACUGUGCGUUUAAGCGUGUGAGGUUCACGAAGUCGCCAUGUGACCCGUAGGACGAACAAUCGGCGCGAUCGUAAAGCCUGCGUUCGCUCAGUCUGGAUCUUGACCGCAAGCCUUAAUCGUUCAGAAGUUUCCUUCAAAGACCUAAAACCCAACGGACUACACUACGCUGUCUGUGUGGGGUGUGUAGGUGUGUGUGAAAAGGCCUGGAUGUUUAGGGCUGGUUCCCUAAGCACAAAUUAAUUAAGGAAAGCUGGACACUAUAAAUAUAAAUAGACGUGUGUGUGUGUGUGGUUGUGCAGGUUUAGUCUGGUUAAGGUCUAGACCGCACCAGGCUUAAUUUGUUCCUGGAAGAUAAACUCGGCCUUUAAAGGCUUGUCGGCUUUCAGGACGCACUUGGGUUAGCAGCUCCAGACUUUCAGUUACUAGGUAGAGCAAGUGCUUGCAGAGAGCCUGAACACUGAGACUGUUUAAGGUUUUAAAUCAUUACGGUCGGUCAGAUCCUCUCCCUUACCUUCCUCUUCCAAAGAGCUCGCCGAGCUUUCCCUUCAUUUCUGCUGCUGCUAUCACCGCCACCGCUGCUGCUCUUCCAUCAGUCGGUUCCAUUCUGCUCUUCAGGACCCGUCAUUCCUCCAGUCGGCGUGUUUUGCCUCGUUUGCUUCGUCUCACAUUCGUCAGUGUAACAAAAUAAAAAUAAAAACAAAAAAACAAACGAGCUCGUUUAAGAAUAAACAAAUGAAUAAAGAUCGUAAUUUAUGGGACGAGCCGGUUUGCAUGUGCGUACGAUGCGAGCGAACUCUGUGCCUAACGCUGACGUUUCGAGCAGACGUAGGAACCCACUUGCACUCUCCAAGCUCCCACCUUCGGCGUGCCUCACUUCCAACGGUGCUUUUUAUUUCCGGUCUGUCCCUUCCGUCUUACCUCGUGUGUUCGUUCCUCCUUUUCUUUACUUUUCUCUUCUCUCUCUGUUUGUUUUUGUACGGUGCUGUAAAUAACUUGAAUAUGUUAUGCACACAUAUCCUACCCAAUGGGUAGAAACCACAGAAGAUAUUGUUAAUAAUGUAAUAUAAUGUAUAGACGGUAUAAAUUUUAACACAGUGGAACGGGGUUUGUAAAUGCCUACAGCUGAUGUGCUUUUGUCUGAUUUUUGUUUGUUUUUGUUAACGAGGACGUUUGCAGACGAUACUUAAAUAUGAAUUACAGAACAUUACAAAUGAGUACAUAUUAUUUUUCUUAUAUAAUAACAAUAUUAACAGUAUGAAUGGCAGUUAUUCUUGAACAAGAACGUUGAGCUUGAAAUAGAAUAUACAGUUUUGUUUUGUUUGUUUUUAAUAAAUCCUUCCCUAAUUUA